AUGACAGUCGGUGACGUGGUUGUAGUGACGGGAUUUGGACCAUUUGGAGUGUUCACUGAGAAUCCAAGUUCACAAGUUGUCGAUCUGCUAGCUGAGAAGAAGAUCCCAGGAUUCGAUGGGAAACUGGUGACUGAGAAGAUGAAUGUUACAUAUGCAGAAGUUGAAAAAACUGUCAAGAGGAUUUGGAAGGACCAUAAUCCUAAGUUAGUUGUACACAUUGGUGUUCAUCCCUGCAACCGUCACAUCAAAUUAGAACGCCGUUCAUUCGGACGAGGAUAUACUAGCUACGACAAUGACGGGUGCGUUCCAAUUGACAAUGUCUGCCCAACUUGUACCGAAUGCUCAGAUUUUAUUCUCAACACAUCUAUAGACUGUUCUUCAAUAGCAGCUCAGGUUUCUGAUGAACUCGGAUUUAAAGACCUAAAAAUCACUGCUUCGGAUGAUCCUGGACGGUACUUGUGCGCUUAUUCGUUCUACCUAUCGCUUUCUCACGACGAAUCUCGGAGUCUCUUCAUCCACAUACCUCCAUUCGAUUCUGCCUGUACACUGGAGAUGGUCACUACUGCAGUGCAAAACACUAUUGUUGCUAUUCUUAAGACUUUAGACUGA